AUGAAUGUACUCCAGGAUAAAGAGAAACCGCUGAAAACUCCGUCAAAUUUCUCUCUCAAUAAAGCGAUCAUGGAGAAAUUAUCAAGAUAUUUUAGUCCUCCAAAUACUGUGAAAGGAAUGAAGAUUUUGGAUAGAGAGGCUUUGAGAACUACCAUCACCCUUCCAGCUCUUCGAAUCGGUGCCAAAAAGUGUUCACUCUUUUUAAAACGUCUAAACAAAUGCCUUUUGAACCAACCUCGUAUGAGAAACAUUGUCCCAGAUGUGAGUGAAACAAGUAGAAAGAUUCUCCUUCUACAUCCAAUGAAUUCGUUGAAAACCUUGGGAGAAGAGGAUCGAGAAUUCGCUCAAAAUCAGGGAGCAGAAGAAACGACUUACGAUUUGGUACUUGGCUACGAACAUUGGACAUCAGAGCAAGUUUUAAGAGCCAUAUUACCGGAUGAGAUUGAUGAAAUACCUUCAUCCUUCGAGACAAUCGGUCACAUAGCACACUUGAAUUUACGAGAUUCGCAAUUAGAGUUCAAAUCACUAAUCGGUAGGUGAUGAUCAUCUUUUUUUUUCUUCAUGUAUGCAUUUUUUUGGAGGAGAGGGAUUUUACGAAUGAUGCAUCUCUCCAUGAAUGUCGAGCUUGUGGUAGGUAUUCAUAGACCUUGCAAUCUUCCCAUAUGAAUUUUCACAGAACUAACCAAGUAUUCACCCCUAUCACCCAUUCCAACCUGACAUAUGAAAAUGUAUUUGCUGGCAUUAGUGAGAUUUUCGACCGCUCAGUCUUUGAUUGUGGUACUGCAGCAUGCCCUUCCUUUGCGAGGGGGAGGAUUAUGGGGUAUGCUACCCAGAGAAUUGUGAAAAAAUGAAGUAUCUUUGUGUUUAUAUUGAAGUAUUACAGUCCUUUAUUCUGAGUGAAAAUUGCUACUGUUGGAAAGUGUUGGGUGCAAGUGCAAAGGGAACAAAGAUUAAAUUAUAUCUAGAAGGUAAAUUAAUUUUAGUGGUACUUAACCCUUUGACUCCCAGAAGUGAUAAGGGUGUAACUUCUCCAUAAAUAAUUCCAUACACUAUCUAAUAACAGGUAAUGAGAAAACUCAAACUUAUCAGGUAGAAGUUAUAUUGAUCUAAUACCAAUUCUUUUUAGUGUUUGAUCAAGAUAUUAUAUUGUACCUGAUAAGUUUGAGUAUUCUCAUUACCUGUUUGCUGGAUAAUUUAUGGAUACUUAAGGGAGAAGUUACAUGUUAAUCACUUCUAGGAGUUAAAGGGUUAAAGGGUUUGCUAAAUAGUAAUUUCCCAUCUCAAACUCAACAGUUUAAUCGGAAAACCUGAAAUGUUUGAGAAAGAGUAGCUUCAGCAUUAAAGUGUAAGAUUGAUUUCAUUAGUGUGAGUCUUGUGCUCAAUGUGUGAGACUUGAGAGCUCUGCAUCUUUUAAUUGAUAGUUCAUAUUGGUUUUCUCUUUAUUUUUGACAGGGCAAGUGAUAUUAGACAAGAACUCCCCUCAGAUCAAAACUAUUGUGAACAAAACAAACACCAUCCAUGAUAUUUUCCGCUUCUUCAAGAUGGAAGUGUUAGCUGGGGAGAGCAACUUCUAUACCUCUGUGAAACAAGAUGGCUGUAUUUUUGAGUUUGACUUUUCCAAAGUUUAUUGGAAUUCUCGCCUUCAAACAGAGCACAGGCGUCUUGUUGAAUCAUUUGAUUCAGGUGAUGUUGUGUGUGACAUGUUUGCAGGAGUUGGUCCAUUUGCUAUUCCUGCGGCAAAGAAAGGAUGCAUUAUUUAUGCCAAUGACUUGAAUCCUGCAUCUUAUGAGGCUUUAUUAAAAAAUGCAAAAAUCAAUCAUGUGAAGGAUAAAAUUCAUGCUUUUAAUUUGGAUGGGAGGGACUUUGUGAGAAAAAUGGUUCAGCUGUCUUCAUCAUCAUCAUUAUUAGAAUCGUCAAUCACUAAUCAAAGCAUUCAAGGAAGUUACAGCAGACCCUUUACACAUGUUGUCAUGAAUCUACCUGCUAGUGCAGUUGAGUUUCUUGAUGUUUUCCAUGGUCUCUACACUUCACACAAACAAUUAGUGCUCCCAAUGAUUCAUUGUUAUUGCUUCUCCAAGUCCCAGUCUCCAGGAGAUGAUGCCAAGCAGCAAGUGGAAAAGAAUUUGGGAAUUAGCCUUGUGAGUGAAUACAGUGUUCACUGUGUACGUGAUGUUGCACCGAAAAAGGCUAUGGUUUGUGUGUCAUUCAAGUUACCAGAAUCUGUUGCAUUUGCUGAUAUUGAAAGAAGAGGUGUUGAAUUGAAACGAGAAAGAGAAGACCAUAGUAAGUUCCAUAAAAAUAUUUAG